UAUCAGAUGGUGAAGAAGUACGGAAUACGGAUUUGAGAAAAAGGUUGUUAUUUUGACGUCAAAUAAAUAUUUUUGCAUUGAUUUGUCAACUAAAAAUUAGAUUAAUUGGCUUACAAAUGGUAUCUAAAUUUGUUGUUUAUAAAAGUAUACAAAUCAUUACCUAUAGUGCCUUUAUCACAAUAACUUUUUUUUUGACCUUAAUUUCAAAGAUAUGAAUGUAAUAAUGACCAACAUCGAAUGCUAACUGUAGCUUUAUUUAGAAAAAUUAUCAUGAAAUAUUCAUGACAAGAAAAAGCAAAUACCUGACUUUACAAAUAUAGUACUUUAAAAAUGAGUGAUAAUGAAAAGAAAUGGGCUUGCGAAUAUUGCACCUAUGAGAAUUAUCCCUCGGCAAUAAAAUGUACAAUGUGUCGUGGUCCGCGACCAUUUGAAAAUAUUUACAGGCUACAUGAUGAUAGAGACGAUAGAAGUUCCCCAGUGGGAGCUGGUGCUUCCUUAGAUCUAAAGAAAUCAAAAGACAAAUGUCAAUGUGAAAAUUGUAGUAAUUCUCUUAAAUGUCCAUCUUGUAUAAGUUGUCAUAGUCCUCCUUUAACAGCCAAUAAUAUACAUGAACACCUACAACCUCUUAGAAUUAGCCAAAAUUCUGAUUUAGCACAGAGCCUUUCAAGGAAUAACAGUCCGCCUUCUACUUUAAAUAAUUUGGAAAAUAGCAGAAGAACUUCACAAGCUAAAUGGGUUUGUCAGGUAUGUACUUUUGAGAAUUGGCCAAAAUCAACCAAAUGUGCUAUGUGUGGAACUUGUAAUAUUCAACGAUCACAAACUUCUAGUCUUAUAUUGCCUUCACCAGAAAGAAAUAAAAAAAUAGAUGAUAUUAACCAGGAUGAUAGAUAUCAAGAGUCAUCACAGAAUAUUAUAGAUAAAGAGCAUAAACUUAGACAUCUGUGCAGAAACGCUGAUUGGAAAUGGCUUAAUGCCUGCCUGGGUGUUAUAGAGGGUGACCAAAUACCAGUGGAGAAUUACCUUUCAUCUGGUGGGGACCCCACGAGAGCCUUGACAGCUUCUGAAUGCACAUUACUAAACAGAAAUUCUGCUUUUGAUGUUGGUCAUACAUUAGUACACUUAGCAAUAAGAUUCAAAAGGGAAGAUUUACUUGCGGUUCUUCUGUCUCAGAUUGAAGGAUCUGGUUCUGGAAUUAAAAGGGUACCUAGUUAUGUUGCACCAGAUUUAGCAGCUGAUAUAAGACGACACUUUGCAAGCACCAUCAGACAAAGGAAGGGCACGUUUUCUUGCCAUUAUGUAACAGAAUGUCCUACAUACACUUUGCCAGCAGAAAUCGAUAUGUUUCCUCUUACCAUCCAAGAACAACUAAUGAUGGAGUUACUUGAUAAGGACGCGCAAGAAGAGUUAGAAGUUGGUCAUGUGAUAAAUUGGGCUAUUGGAGAUGGAGUGUGCAGACUACAUGCUCUCUGGAACAGGUCCGCAGGGGAAUGUUUGUUGGAUAGCGUUAUGCAAGCGACGUGGGGCGUAUUUGAUAGGGAUAAUGUCCUAAGAAGAGCCUUAGCUGAAACUUUAGUUCAAUCUGGUCAUAGUUUUUAUCCCAGAUGGAAAGAAUACGAAUCUUCCCAUGCUUCAUUCUUACAGUAUUCCCUAGAAGAAACGCAAUGGGAGGAUGACUGGAGUACUUUGGUUGCUUUAGCUGCACAACCAGGAUCGAGUUUAGAGCAGCUUCAUGUGUUUGCACUCGCUCACAUUUUAAGGAGACCUAUAUUAGUGUACGGAGUGAAGAUUGUCAAAAGCUUUAGAGGGGAGGCAUUGGGUCCAGCAAGAUUUGAAGGUGUUUAUCUUCCUCUAUUGUGGGAUCACAGUUUCUGUUCGCGCUGUCCCAUUGCUUUAGGUUAUACUAGGGGACAUUUUUCUGCCCUGGUGCCGGUAGAACCAUCACUGACGAUUAGACCUCGAGCAUCUUUAUUACCUUUAGUUGACCGUGAUAGAAAACCAUUACCAAUUCAUUUUCUUUUAGAAUCAGAGCUUGGAAGGGAAGAGGCUAUUUUACGACAAUGGAUGGAUGUUACAGAAACAGAGAAUGGCAUACUAGUUGCUCAACAACCCCUACAUAAGAGACCACUAUUGGUAGCGCAGAUGUGCGAAGAAUGGCUUAAUCAUUAUAGAAGAAUAAUACCUAUGACGUCAGCUCCAUUGGCUCGUCCAGUACCCAUUCAAGAUUAUUCCAGUGAAGGAGACACGGAUUGUGAAUGAUGUAAUAACAUUAUUACCGGUAACAUUUCACUCUUCAAAAAGUAGGCAGAAGCUUCAAAUUAUAUGCAACAGAUUCGAAAGUGUUCUUUGUAGUUAAUUAUACAAGACGGUGCAAAGGAUUUUAUAUGUAAUUUAUUUGCCGAAAAACAUUUGAAAAUUAAAUUAAUCUACAAUAUCUCUCAUAAGAUCCUUAUAGUGUCUUGUUAUUUUUCGUCAUAGUUUUCUUUAAAGAAUAUCCACAAAAUUUUUCUGUAGGCUUGGUGCUUUCUCCGCCGGUGCUGCCAUCAUCGGAGAAUAUCGUAAGAAACUAGCAUAUACAAAUACACGGCUUUAAAGAGCGAGUAUAUAAAAAAUGUAUU